CUCGGAGAACCAACAGCAACUUCGAAAACCGAGUUCUUCUAUUUGGAGCCCAUAGUUUAGCGAUGUCACUGCUUUUAUCGUUGCUUCUUGUUCCAGUUGUGGCUGGAAUAGGUAGUGAUCUGGAUAUUCCAUCAAAUGUUGCAAACAGGUCGAUGGCCAUUAAAGGUACACUAGUAUGCGGCGACAAAGCGAUGAAGGGUGCUACAGUACGGCUAUUUCGCGUUUACCAAAAAAACAAAGCUGAUGAUCUAUCCCAACUUCUUGGAGAAGAACAUACUGGAGAUCUGGGCAUUUUCCACAUCGAAGGCAACACAGCAAGAUUUCCCUCAACCCAGACUGAAAUUGACCCAUUCGUGACUAUUCAUCAUAAUUGCGAUAUGGAUCCGAGGCAGACAGCAAAUUUGGGUUACAAACGUUGGGCGAUUCGGAUACCACAGGAUUACGUUACUCUAGGAACAAAAGCAAGAAAGAUUUACGACUUUGGACGGGUGAAUCUGCAACUGGAGUAUCCAGGCGAGGCUCACGACAAGAAAUUCUCUAUCAACGACUGAGCUCGGCUUGCCAAAAAUUUUGCUUAAUGUGACUUUGUGCUGCAUUUUAUUCCAUGUUCUAGUUGCUCUGGAAUGACUUUGACCUUAACUUCUAUUAUAAAUCUUUGUUUUU